AUGUUCAAGCCGGCACCUCCACCAGUCUCCCCUUUGGCGGAGUACCGCUUACUGUCACCCCGUUGCGGUCUCCGAGUCUCUCCUCUCUGCAUUGGCGGCAUGUCAUUUGGCGACGCCUGGACACCAUUCAUGGGCUCGACCUCUAAAGAGCAGGUGUUCGAACUUCUUGACUAUUACCGUUCACAAGGAGGCAACUUCGUUGAUCUUGCCAACAACUACCAAGACGAACAAGCCGAGACUUGGGUUGGCGAGUGGCUCAAAGCACGUGAGUGCCGCGAUGAAAUGGUCGUGGCCACAAAAUAUACCCUCAACUACAAGAGUCACGGGGCAACGGCACCGACGGCGGGCGGGAAGACGAUCCAUGCAAACUACGGUGGAAACGGCGCAAAGAAUAUGCGCGCCAGCAUCGACGCGAGCUUGAAGAAGCUCCAGACCGACUUUGUUGAUGUCUUCUACCUGCAUGCUUGGUACUACGACACCCCUAUCGAGGAAGUAAUGCACUACCUCAACGACCUUGUCACUGCCGGCAAAGUCCACUAUCUCGGCAUCAGCGACACACCCGCCUGGAUCGUCAGCAAGGCGAAUCAAUACGCCCGCGACCAUGGACUACGACAGUUCGUCGUGUACCAAGGAAAAUACUCCCCCCUCUCGCGCGACCUCGAGCGCGACAUCAUCCCCAUGGCUGCCUCCGAAGGCAUGGCCCUCACGCACUGGGGCGUCCUCGCAUCCGGCGCCUUCAAGCCCGCCGAAGACGCCUCCGCGCCCGGCGCCCGACCCAUCAUGGUCCCGCCCCCGCAACAAGCCCUCGCCGACAAGGUGCGCGACGUGCUCGACUCUAUCGCCAAAGCCCACAAUGCCGCCACUUCCCCUGCCUCUGCCUCUGCCUCUGCCACCACCAACGAUGAGAAAGACACCACCACCGCCGCCGGCGCCGCCCCAAGCGGAAAAGAAGAAGCCCCACCCCCAGCAGAGCCCUUCACGAUGGGCAGCGUCCUGAUCGCAUACGCGCGCCAAAAAGCGCCCUACACCUUCCCCAUCCUGGGCGGGCGCACGACUAAGAGCCUGCGCAGCUCGAUUGGUGCGUUGAAGCUGACGCUGUCCCAGCAGGAGAUGCACGCCAUUGACGACGCGAGUCCGUUGGAUCGCGGGUUUCCCAAUGGGUUCUUGGCGCCCGAGGUCGUGCAUGGCCAGAUUGAGGGGCCGGGGGAUCUGUGGGCCAGUCGGCUGGAUUGUACGGUGAGGAGUGGGGGAUGGUAG